CCCAGGGGAACGGUGGGCGGGAGUCCCGAGGCCCUGCAUCCGUCCGGCCCACCUGCCCGGCUCUGCCCGCCCUCCAGAGCACGUCAGUCACCCACGGGCCAGGGAGCUUUGUCCCCAUCUUGCAGAUGAAGACACUGAGGCCUGGGGGAGGCGCAGGGCCCUGGGGGCGAGUUCCGGGGUUCCUGCCCUGCCUCAGCCUCGCUGACGACAGGAUCUUUGUUCCCCCCGAACGCCCAGAAGCAUCACCCUGUGAUUUGAUAGAGCAGAGCUGGGAGCAGUUGGUUUGGGGACAUCCUGAGCCAUCAGGGCUGGUCGGGGAAGCACCCGUCAGGUGCUUUAGUCGAGAGAAUUUAACAUCGGGCCUCAGACAGGGGAUGAGUGAGCAAGAAAUCGAGAAGGGGGCCCGGCGAACACAGACCUGCAGGCGGCAACCCCCCUGCCCCCCUAACCUGGGGCUAGGGGAGGAAAGGAAGGAGAUUGGGGUUAUGGAACCUGGAAGCUCAGGGGAGGGGCUCCGAGAUCUGGGACCCUGCCCGCUGGGGACGGGGUGCUGGCUCCUCCAGGAGGUGCGACCACGAUGCUGGUUCUGGGGGUGCCGGAGGAGGGGGACGCUGGAUGCCCUGGGUGCUGCCGGCGGGAGCAGCAAGGUGACGGGAGACAGCGGGCCCCCAGCCCGUGCCUCCGCCUCCUUCCCGCUAGGCAGGGGCGGCCGAUGAAGGAGAGGUGUCAGUGGCGGGUCCUGGCCCGGCUCACAGCAGGGCCGCAGGGCGGUGGAGGGCGCAGUGCCCCCUGCAGCCCCUGUGCCUCCGCCGUGGCCCUGUAGGAGCGCGACAGCACAUGCUUCUCCCUGAGAAGGUGCUGCCAUCUUCGUACCAAGGAGGCGGCCCUCACCCGCCCCAGAAGGCGGACAGACACCAGCCUGACCACCGCCGGCCCUACUUCUGAGUGACCGUCUCAUGUCACCUGAGCAUUUGUCACCUUAAGGCUGGACUGUGAACCUCAGCACCACCAAGGGGCCUUGCGUGAGAUUAGGAAGGGGGGAGGGGAAAGGGGGCCACUGCUGGAUACAAACCUGUGUCUGUGUAACUGGCCCGCAGGCCUUGUGUGGUUAGUGGCCCAGGAGCCCAGCUGCCCCCUGCCCCAGCCCCACAUGCCUUGGGUCCCCUUGUACGGGGACCCAGACUGGCUUUUUAUUACUGGAGUUUGGCGAUAAUUUUUCAUGUUGGGCGCAGACCUCCCUGCCCCUCUGGGCAGCAGCAUCCCAAUCUGUCCUUGGUGAUUGGAGCUUUUUUGCCCGCACUGGCCCCCAGCCCUCUUUUCAUGAACAGCUGUGGUCCAGCCCAGUGGGCCCAGCGUGCGUCCCUGGUAGAAGCAUCUUGGGAGCGGAUGCUUCUGGACCGGCAGGGCCCGGGAUCGUGGGGUGGGGAGUGGUGUCGCUGCUCCCAUUUGUCCUAGUGCUCAGAGGGGUUUUCCCACCCCACGAAGGGCUGUCCCCCUCACCCCCCCACCCCGUCCCGCCUCAGGGCCACCAGGCCCUCCCACAGGCCAGCUGCUUCGGGGUAGGUCCAUGGUAAGGUGGGAGCUGUGGGCCGUGCCCGGGUUGGAUGCAGCAUUGGUCCUGAGGCUCAGACGGUGGUCCAGGGAGAGGCCUGGAGGGCAGGGCAGGCAGAGCCCAUAACCCCCGCCUGCAUGUCCGCUGAGGACAGCUGAGGGCCUUGCUUGGGGAGGGGCUGGUGUGUCCCCGCGGGGGCGCCUGGGGGCCGGCUCUGGGCUCUGCUUCUGGCAGGGUGGGCCCCCAGUAGUGGCCUGGGUGGGGGGGUCCAUGUGGUUGGCCCCGGGCGUCACCCCCGUCCCUGCUCUGUGGCCACUUUGCCUGUGGCCUGUGGAGAUCGGUGCGGGGUGGCCAGGGGAGAGGCUGAGGACGUCCACAGACGUGUCAUCUGUCCAGAGAGCCUCCUCCUGCUGCCUCGUGGUGGGGGCACUCUGCCCACCCACACGUGUCCUCUCGGACGGUCUCGUCCCCAGACGCCCAGGCUGUUCUCUCCAUGGCCCUGACCCCCUGGGAGUCAUUACCUUUCUGGUCCGUACAGGGUGGACCCUGCCCUCUGUAAAGCUCCCCCUGUGGGACCGUCGCUAGGGGACUUUCCCGUGGAGGUUGUAACACCACACGCCGUCCACUUCUGGCUGGGACUGGCCCAUCACCCAGAGCCGUCUGCACACCGAGCCCAAGGUGCUUCUCCGUGGCCAGCUGCUGGUCUUCAAGAGCUCCCCCGGCCUUGGGGCCUACAGGAGGACCGGGGCCUCUGGCCUGCUCCAGUCUGGUCUUCCCGGCCCUUUUGCACCCGAUGGAGUCCUGCUUCCCCAGCCUUGUGGCUGGAGGGUCAGGUCACGUGGUCUGCUGGUCAGCUGACAGGCUGUACUCAUGACUGCCGUGCCCGUUUCUCAUGAGAGACUAGUUCUCUGCGGGUUCGUUGGCAGCUUCUUUCUAAAGGCUCAGAGGCCUAGGCUGUGAUUCUCAGUUGAUUUAAGCCUCGUCAGGGGCUUAGCUGGCCCUGGGCCGGCUCUCCUUGCAGGCAGGUCACGUGGGAACGUCUUCCCACCCUUCACAUGUGCUCCCUGCAUCCGUGGCAGUGAUGUGGCCCCAGCUGUCGGGGAGGCCCUCGGUGGGGUGGGUUGGGCGGGGUGAUUGCAUCUGGAAGAAGCUGUGCUCUGGUCUGUGUCUGACUGCAGGCGAGGGCCCAGCACCCGGGGAGUGGAUGCGGCUGGACCUCUAGCUCCUGCUCGGCCUGGGGGACGGGCUAAAAGACUCCCGAUAUGGGCCCUGAGACUGGCGCUUUCGCCCAGGGGCAGCGAGCGGGUCGUGGGUGAGCUGGGGCCCUGGUCCCUCAGCCUGGGAGUGGGGCAGACCCCUGAGCCUCGCCCGUUCACCGCUGUUUCCUUCUCCCUUCUCAGUCCUGUCGGCAGCCGGGGCCCCUUCUGAGGGCGAGUGCAGCCUGGGGAGGCCGAGUGAGUCCUUGGGACGCUCAUGCUGCAGACAUUCUGAGGGCCUACUGUGCGCUGCUGCUGGCGGGGCCUCGUUCUGUUCCCGUGCGGGUGCGCCGGCUUCUGCGCCCCUUCUUCCUGAUGCAGAACUCCUCCAUGAUGAAGAAGACACUCAAGUGCAUCAGGUGGUCGCUGCCAGAGAUGGCCAGUGUUGGGCUGCUGCUGGCCGCCCACCUGUGCCUCUUCACCAUGUUGGGAAUGCUGCUCUUCCCCGGCGAGAAGGACGACAGGCGGGACAGGCAGCGGCUGACCUACUUCCGCAACCUGCCCGAGGCUCUGACCUCCCUCCUGGUGUUGCUCACCACCGCCAACAACCCUGAUGUUUCCCUUCCCUCUCCGACUUUUUCCCGUUUUCUUCCCUUUUCUUCCCAGUUUUCUUUCUCUGUUCCGUUCUCCUCUUCCCCUUGUUGUCUGUGUCCUGAGAAGCUAGAGGUGGACGGUGUUCUUUGUGUGGUGAUGGAUCAAGCUGUGCCCAGCGGGGCCCUUGGUGGUCUCCUCUUGGCGGCGCAGCCGUGGGUGAUGAUUCCUGCCUAUUCCAAGAACCGGCUCUACGCCAUCUUUUUCAUAGCCUUCACCCUGAUAGGGAGCUUGUUUCUGAUGAACCUGCUGACGGCCAUCAUCUACAAUCAGUUCCGGGGCUACCUGAUGAAGUCUCUGCAGACCUCACUGUUGCGGAGGCGCCUGGGCAUCCGGGCUGCCUACAAGGUCCUCUCGUCCAUGACGGCGGAGGGAGAAGCCCACCCCGAGGGAGUCGGGGUGAAGCCCCAGGACUUCCUGCAGGUGCUUCAGAAAGUCCAGCUGGACAGUGACCACAAACAGGCCAUCACGGAGAAGCUGCAUUCCCGCAGUGGGGACCUGCUGUCAGCUGACGAGUUUCAGAAACUCUUCGAUGAGUUUGACAAAAGGGUGAUUAAAGAGCACCCACCGCGGCCCGAGUACCGGUCUCCGUUUCUGCAGAGCGCCCAGUUCCUCUUCGGCCACCACUACUUUGACUACCUGGGCAACCUCAUGGCCCUUGGAAACCUCGUGACCAUCUGUGUGUUCCUGGUGUUGGAUGCACAUGUGCUGCCCAAGGACCGUGACGACUUCGUGCUGGGGAUUCUCAGCUGCGUCUUCAUCCUGUACUACCUGCUGGAGAUGCUGCUCAAGGUGUUUGCCCUGGGCCUGCGGGGGUACAUGGUCUCCUCCAGCAAUGUGUUCGACGGGCUGCUCACCGCCGUCCUGCUGGUUUUGGAGAUCUCAACUCUGGCUGUGUACCGCUUCCCACACCCGGGCUGGAAGCCGGAGGCGCUGGGCCUGCUGUCGCUGUGGGACGUGACCCGGCUGGUGAACAUGCUCGUAGCCUUCCGUUUCUUGCGCAUCAUUCGCAGCGUGGAGCUGAUGGCUGUGGUGGCUAGUACCAUCCUGGACCUGAUCAGAAACAUGCGGGCUUUCGGCGGGAUCCUGGCGGUGGUCUACUACGUCUUUGCCAUCAUCGGCAUCAUCCUGUUCCGAGGUGUCAUCGUGGCUCCUGGAAACAGCAGCCUGGCCCCUGACAACGGCUCCGCGCCCUGCGGGAGCUUCGAGCAGCUGGAGUACUGGACCAACAAUUUUGACGACUUUGCCGCCGCGCUGGUCACUCUGUGGGACGUGAUGAUCGUGAACAACUGGCAGGUGUUCCUGGACGCCUUCCGGCGCUACGCAGGCCCGUGGUCCAAGAUCUAUUUUGUGUUGUGGUGGCUGGUGUCGUCCGUCAUCUGGGUCAACCUGUUCCUGGCUCUGAUUCUGGAGAACUUCCUUCACAAGUGGGACCGCCGCAGUCACCUGCAGUCCCUCACAGGGGACCUAGGGGCCACCUCUGAGGUGACCGUGGAGCUCCUGUUCAGGGAUGUCCUGCAGGAGCCCACGGAGGAAGAGCUGGCAGAGAAGCUGAGCCACCACCCGCACCUGCAGCUGUGCAGGUGACAUCCAGACGCCUUCCUGGCUGGGGCGGCGGCAGGUGAUGCGGCCUCGGGAUGGGCGCUGGCCGGGGGAGGAGGCGGCCGCGGCCUACUGGAGAGGCUGCUCCCUUGGGCAGAGCCACCGUGCGUGCCGACGCUGGGACACACACAGGCCCUGGUUUGCAGCCGAGCUGGACCUCCUCCGCGGCCCCUCAGGCGCUCUCCGUGCCACCUUCUUUUUAUAAGCUGCUUCCCUGAGACUUAUUUUUCUAAAUAUUGAAAGAGGGUGACUGGGAGGGAGAUGCAGUGGCCCUCCCCCUGGGCCCUGGGAUUUCCGUGGUGCCUUCACUGCUGGUGGCCUUCAGGGACCAGAGGCCCACGUGGGGCCUGCACAGGCCAACCGGCAGCUUUCCAGGGCGUUAAGCUUGGGAUCCUGGUUUUACAUGAUAAGAAUCUGGACUGUGUUUUAUUAUUUUAUGGCUCGUGUGAGUGUGAUUGGGUGCGUUUCUUUAUGAGUGAGAAUGCCAAUCAUCUUCAUCAAUAAGUCUUGCAAAGAAGGAGGUGGUCAUCCUUAUUCCGACACGACUGUGCUUCUCUGGAACGGGGCCACCCGGUCUCAGCCUGUCAGGAGCCAGUGCUGUGGUUGGACCAGCCCUUGUGGUUCAUACUGUGUUAGCAACCACCGUCAGGAAACUUUGAAAAAAUAAAGGUUUAUUACUUACGAGA